AUUGCAGAGUUCAUUUCAGGAAGAUAUUCAGCUUGGAUCGAGUCUUUCCCCGCUUUUUUUUUUUUUUUUAAGAAAACAUUGUAAGUAUCGAGUCUUGGAGGCCCUGUAGCUCAGUGGUUAGAGCACUGGUUUGGUAAACCAGGGGUUGUGGGUUCGUAUCCCACUGGGGCCUCCACUCCCUGAGAAGGGUUUGCGUCGGUCAGGAAGGGCAUCCGGUGUAAAAAUUGUGCCAAAUAUAUAUGUGCGUUCAUCUGAGAUGACACGCUGUGGCGACCCCGAAAGGGACAAGCCGAAAGAAACUUUAUUGUAAGUAUCGAGUCUUGACGGGCUUCAAUUGGACGGUUGUGUUUUGAUGAUAUUUGAGUAAAUAAUUUGAUAGUUUAGAUGAACUUGUGCAACCUUCUCUUGAGGAUUGGUGCAUUAUCUUAAUAUCAUUCAUAACUUUCGGGCUGCAUUGAAGAAGGAGAGUGAUGAUAUCAGGCUGAAAAAAAAAAUCACUUGCCGGAGUAAACAUUUCUGUCUGAAUUAUUGUUUUUCUACACAAGUUACAGCUGUAGCAGUUCAACGAUGCCCCAUUUUGUGUUUUGCGACAACGCCGCUGGGCACCGGGUGGCCGCCCCUUGUCGUCAUUUCAACAUUUUGUUACUCUGUAGUUGAUGAUUAAAUCAUUUAAUGCGAAUAGCCAAACACAAAAGGCUAAAGUGAAAAGAAAUACCUCGAGAAUUCCAUCCAUCCAUCCAUCUUCUACCGCUUAUCUGCAGUCGGGUCGUGGGGGGGCUGUAGCUUGAGCAGGGAUGCCCCAGCCAGUUCCUCCAGCUCUUCCGAGGCGGUCCCCAGGCAUUCCCAGGCCAGCCGGCAGACGUACGGGGGGGGUGUCCCUCCCCCAUAUCCAUCUGUUGAGCUCCCGUUUCAUUCUUCCCCCCGCUCAUGAACAAAACCCCGAGAUAUUAGAACUCCUCCACGUGGGGAAUGAGCUCAUCCCUGACCCCUUUUCCUACUGAGGAUCGUGAUCUCAGAUUUGGAGGUGCGGAUUCUCAUCCCAGCAGUUGGUCACUCGGCUACGAACCGUUCCAAUGAGAGUUGGAGAUCGCGUCUUGAUGAAGCCAACAGAACCAGAUCAUCUGCAAAUGCAGAGAUGCAAAACUGAGUCCACCGAGCCGGACACCUUCUAUGUUGUGACCGUGCCUAGAGAUUCUGUCCAUAAAAGUUACAUUACGCCUGGCCAGCCGGUACCCAUCACCUGUCUCGGGGGGGGGGGUCAAUAAGUACACCCACAUAUGCGUGGCACCUCUCACCAUGGGCAACAACAGACUGGGAAAGAGGACUAGUACGAAAAUCAUGCCGUGUGUGGAGGGGGAGCCAGACCAUAUCUAGUGGAAACUUCUCAACCUCACCUACCAGCUCAGUCUCGUUCUGUGGCAGAGAGGUGAAAUUCCACAUCCCUCGGAGCAGUUUCUGUCACCAGGGAUCGGAUCCCCGAGAUCUUUUGGCCAUUGCCCAGCUCACGCUGCACCCGACCUGUAUGGCCCCUCCCACAGGUGGUGAACCCACAGGAAGGGCGAGGACCUACCCUAUCCUUUCGGGCCGUGGCCGGGUAGGCUCCUUGUGUGCAGGUUCGGCCACCAGGAACUCACCUUCAAGCUCCACCUCCAGGCUCGGCUCCCGGGGGGAUAACCUGCUUCCGGGCAAGGGAAAACGUCUUCCUGAAUGUUUUCUUUUCUUUUUGGGUUUUUGGAUCCGUAGUUUGUCUGGUCCCUUACCGAGGACCUUUUUUGCCACGUGUGACCGUACCAGGGGUAUCAAGCCUCAGACGGUUUACCUCCUAGGAUCAGCGGGACACAAAAACCCUCUACCACGAUAAGGUGACAGCUCGUUGAAUGGAGUUCUAAGGUUGCAGGUUCAAACCCUUCCGAGCAAGGGAAUUAAUUGUGUUUGUCAUUGGGGUUUAUGGAGCCAUACUUUGUCUGGUCCCUUACCUCGGACCUGUUUCCCAUGGGUGACCCUACCCAGGGGUAUAAAGCCCCAGACAACUUACCUCCUAGGAUCAAUGAGACACAAAAACCCUCUACCACAAUAAGGUUGCGGGUUCAAAUCCUUCCUAGCAAAGGAAUUAAUUGUAUUUGUCAUUGGGGUUUUUGCAGCCAUACUUUGUCUGGUCCCUUACUUCGGACCUGUUUCCCAUGGGUGACCCUACCAGAGACCCGAAGACUCUGACAAUUUAGCUCCUGGGAUCUUUGGGACACACAAACCUCUCCACCAGGAUAGGGUGACAGCUCAAGGAGGGGAACCCGGCACGUGUGGCAUGAAAUCCGGUUGUGUCCACGAGGUGUCCGGAGCUGGUUAGCUGAGAUCAGCCAAUGAGAGGGCAGUGAGUCGGUCACAUGGAGCUAGAAGAGGUAGAGACACAGGUGGAGAAUCUGCUGAGCGGCCUCGGCUGCGAGGUGACAGCGUGCGACAUUGGCCUCGAGCAAAGCAAGCCGGCGUCCCUCAAGAACAACGUCACGUACGUCGUGUGCGCCGUCAUCUUCAACGACAAGGAGGAGGUUCUGAUGGUCCAGGAGGCUAAGCAGGACUGUUACAAGAAGUGGUAUCUGCCAGCGGGUAGGGUGGAGGUGGGCGAGAGCCUGCAGGAGGCGCUGCUGAGAGAGGUGAAGGAGGAGGCGGGCUUUGAGUGCCAACCAAUCACAUUGUUGCUGAUCCAGGAGCAGGGACCUCAGUGGAUCCGCUUCAUCUUCCUGGCCAAGAUCACAGGCGGAAGCAUCAAGACUUUGUCAUCAGCGGACCAGGACUCUCUGCAGGCCGCCUGGUGGGACCGGCGCGCUUCCCUCCCUCUGAGGGGCCGAGAUAUCCUGCGGCUCAUCGACUUCGGGCUUAAAUACCUUCGAGAGGCCUGGCAUCCAGUCACACUGCCGCUGGAUGUGAGCUGCCGCCACGUGGUCCAGAGGCUAGUGCUGAUCUUCAGCGCGGAUCAGAAUGUCUGGAUCCUGCUGGUCAAAGCACCCAGGCCCCACCUCCCCGCGGCGGCGGCUCUGAAGACUCACACAGUCACGUGGGCGGCCAACAUGGUGGUACAGGACGCCAUGCCGUCGGCGUACUACGAGCACAACGUCAGCACGCUGGGCGUGUUCAGCCUGCAGCACGACGGACGGCAACAGGGAAAGACUGAUGGCGUGUGCUUCAACACGCUUGUGGCCCUGCAGCCCGACCGUGUGCAACGCGAUGAGGACGGCGCCGCGCUACCCGCGCCGCCCACCCGGGUGCCGCCCCCCGUGGAGAACCCGCGUUACAUCUGGCACCAAGUUCUCGCACCCGCGGUCAGAGAGAAACUCCUGGAAAAGAGCAGAAACACCAGCAUCCUGCCCAUGCACAGCCUCUACUGAUGACACUUGUAGGUGCCCUGCGAUUGUCUCGCAACCCGUUGAGGGCUUUCCGCACCUCUCGCCCGAAGAUAGCUGGGAUGGGCUCCUGAACGCCCAUGACCCGCGUGAGCAUAAGCGGAAUAGAAUGUGAAUGAAUAAAACAAGAGCGUCAAAGUCAUUUUUGUUGCGGGUUACGGUUUUCCUCUGGGGGGCCGUUAAACUGAAACCAUCAAAAUAUUUGAUUGCCUCAUCAUAUUUCCGCAUUAAAUUUAUGAACUAGUUUGGGAAUCACAAUCACAAAUCAAGGGUAAUGGGUUUUUCAAGUAUUGUUGAUGUUUGGUCACACA